AUGGAGAGCUUCAUGGAGUCGCUAAACCGGCUGAAGGACGUCCAUGAGAAUGAGAUCACGGGCCUGCAGAACAAGCUUCUGGAACUGAACUCAGAGAGGUGUCGGGACGCCCAGAGGGCGGAGGAGCUCUGUGCCAAGAACCGUCAGCUCAGGGAGCAGCAGAGGGCGCUGAAGGAGAACCUACGGGCGCUGGAGAACAGGCUGCGGGCCGGCCUGUGCGACCGCUGCAUGGUCACCCAGGAGCUGGCCAGGAAGAAGCAGCAGGAGUUCGAGAGCUCCCUGCUCCAGAGCCUGCAGCAUGUCUUCCUACUCACGGCCGAGCUGACCCGGCUGCAGGAGGAGAACGACGCCUUGAAGGAGGAGGUGAAGCAGCUCCGGGGCCCAGGGUGAGUGGGGGGGGACAGGGCCAAGCCCCAGUUCAGGGAGGGUGCCCCAGGACCCCUGUCACCCCUGCUGCUCCCCUCCCUGGGCACCCGGAAGGCCGUCACUGAGAAGCCACUGGAAGGCCAUGAGGAGGUGGAGGACGGCCACGCAGAAAGGCCGGUGGGGUACGGGACGUCUCCAGUAGCCAAAAUCUCCCCAGGUGCCAACCUGCCUGAGCCCCGGGCCCCGGACAUGAGCCCCCAGCACAUCUCCAACCAGCUACACGGGACCAUCGCCGUGGUGCGGCCAGGGUCCCGGGCCUGCUCCGCCAACCGGGGCUCCGUCAACGGGACGUCCCCACUGCCGCCCCCCAGGAGCAGCCCCCCAAGCCCAUCUGGAGAGCACAGCCUCCCUCUGGACAGCUUCCUGCAGGCCUCUCUGCCCUCUGCCAAGCCCUGCGAGUCCCCGAAGAGCUCCCUCCAGGCUGACCGCCUCUGCCACCUGAACCGCCACCUGGCCCUGCCCCGUGGGAGCCCUCACAGCGGCCCCCAGGCCCCCGCCACAGCCCCCAGAGGCCCCCAGCCCCCGAGCCUCAAGGCCGGGGAGGCAGAGGCCUGGGAGGAGCCCGUGGGUCUGCUAGGCCUGCCAGGCGCCCUGGCGGGCGUGCGGGACCCGCGGCUGGAGGGAGCGCUGCACCUGCUCCUGGCCCAGCAGCUGUGGGCGCGGGGGCGGGCAGGCGGUGCCGGGCUGAGGGGCCCACUGGUGCCGGGGAAGGCGCCACCCUCCCCGCCAGCCGGCCCCCACUCCGAGGGUCCCGGGGGCGGGGCAGCCUGGGCAGCCCUGCCCAGAGGGCAGCACCCACAGCCCGCAGGCCCAGGCAGUCCCGGGACAAAGGAGGCCUCGGCCACACAGGACUAUGUCCCAGACAAGCCCCUGGACCUCUCGGAGUGGGGCCGGGGCCGGGACGGCGCCCCCAAGCCUGCCAGCCAGCCAGGAUCACUCAGCCCCCCAGGUGCCCACACGCCCAGCCCCAAGCCACCCCAGGGAGUGGAGCCCUCUGCACAGUCUGGGGUCCAGGGGCUUGGCGACUGCACCAAGGGGGCCGAAGAGGCAGAGGCGGAAGAGCCUCCACCUUCCACGGAACCCUCACAUUCUCUCCCAGGCCCCAGCCUGCCCCCUCCAAGUGGGCCAGGACAUGAGGACAGAGGGGGGCCAGAACUGCCCCCCUGCCUGCAAAGGCCUGAUGGAGAUGGCCACCUGGGUGAGGAGCUCAGCAAAGCCCAAGGACAGCGGCCGGAGUCGGAUGAGCUAGACAAGCCAGACACCUCGGACAGCGAGGUGGGCCUGAGCACCGAGGCAGGGGCCAUGCAGAGCUUGCCAGCCGAGGGACCCAGGAGUUUCUGCGCCACGGAGCAUGGGCGGGGCCCACAGAAGAGGAAGCGGGCCUCAGACCAGUGGAGCAAAGUGGCAGCUCAGGCCAGGCCUCUGGGCGCCCACGAGAGCCUUAGAACGCCUGAGCUAGCUGAUACUGCAUGCCGCCUGGUGUUUGUCCAAGCAGGCCUGCGUCGCAGGCUGGGCUGUGGCCGCCACAAUGCGCCAUUGUUGCCGGGAAGCCUCGAAGAAGCCAUCCUGAGGAGUAAGGAACCUAGGGGAGCCAGGAGCCCGAGGGACCCCAAGGACGGCAGCCCCUCACCCAGCACCAGCAGCUGGGAAGAGAGCCAGGGGCACCCCAGCCUGCCCAGCCGUGCUCCCCACCCGACUGCCCGCGGCCAGGACAGCCCACGCCGCCAGCCAGCAGACGGCCCCAGCAGCAGCGUAGCGGACUGGGUCCUGGCCCACAUCCAAAGGGGUUGGGAAGGCCAAGAAAGCUGGUCUUCUGAACCCCUCCAUCUCAGAAAUGGUCUUGCACGCCACCCUCAGCCCAGCAUCUGCUCCCUUGCAGGGAGUAGGGGCCUGGGAGGCCAGGGCGGCUCAAGCUCCAGCCCCGCCCCGCCCCCACCCCUGCUGUGCACAGGCAGCCCUUCCUGGACAGUGCCCCCUCCUCCCACCAACUCCACUAGCAUCCUGGACACAAGGGGCUGCGAGCCUGGCCGCCCAUUCCUGACGGGGCAUGGAGCUCUGAGCAGUGGUCUCGGGCGCCCCCUCGUGGAGUCCCACAAACGGGUGCUGGGCAGUGAAGGCGCAGGAAGGAUGACGGCAGCACCUGGAAGCGGGGGAGGCGCUCUGCAGGCCAGGGCUGUGUCUGCCCCGCCCCCCAACACCUGCACGGAGGAGAGAAAUGCGUGUGCCGUGUAUGGUUCCACGGAGGAGCAUUCACAGCUGCAUGGACAAACCACACGGCAAGUGCCGGUCUCCAACCGCCGGGAAGCCCCAGCGCUGGUGACAGCCCCGGGCUGA